AUGAGCAAUGAGCGAGGAGACCAAGAAUCCACCGCCGCCACAAGCAGCGGCGCCUCGGAUUGGCUCGACGAGUCCAUCGCCUUCCUCGCCGCCGACCUUGACGUCGGCCUCGGUGCUUAUGGCUGGUUGCAGGCAUCAGCGGAGGAGGAGCAGCAGCAGGGCAUCGACAGCAUGGUGGCGGAGACACGGCUACCUCCGACCACCACCAUCUUGCCCCAGUCAGGCCUGGGCCCUGUUUCCACUAGCGUUGCAUCGUCGCCGGUGGCGUCGCCGGGGGAGUUUGGGCAGCCAAGGAAACGCAAGUCACCGCAGCACAGCAGCCAACACUAUCCGGUUGGAGGUGGCCCCGAGCUUGACAGCGGAGGAACGAGCAGCAGCCGGAAGCCGAGCAAGAAGGGCAGUGCAAAGCCAGGUGCUGCGAGCUUGGGCUGGGAUGCGAGGUGGGCGGAGCAGCUGCUGAACCCGUGCGCGGUCGCCAUCGAGGCGGGCAACCUGCCGCGCGCGCAGCACCUGCUGUACGUGCUCGGCGAGCUCGCCUCCUUCUCCGGCGAACCAAACCACCGCCUGGCCGCGCACGGGCUGCGCGCCCUCACGCAACGCCUCCCGCACGCCGUGGGUCCAGCGGCCGCGGCGACCGUGAAGAUGCCACCCUGCGAGUGCCCGACGCCGAUGUUCUCCGGCGUCGACCCGCGCCUCUUCCGCGCGUUGCUCAUCAGGUUCAACGAGGUCAGCCCGUGGUUCGCGGUCCCGAACGCGCUCGCCAACGCCGCGAUUGCGCAGUGGCCGACGCUGCUCGAGGCGCUCACCCGCGUGCCACGGGGCUCCACGCCCCCCGCCGUCCACCUCACGGUCGGCGGCCCCGCGGCCGCCCCACCGGUGUCGUUCUCCGCUUCACCUCCCGGCUACGACUGCUCACCGCAGCUGCUCCGGUACGCCAAGACCAUCAACCUGGACCUCGCCAUCGUGCAAACACCAUGCACGGACAGCCUGCACGGCACUCUCACCCCCGGCGAGACCCUCGUCGUCUGCCUCCAGUUCCGGCUCGGCCACGCCACCGCCGACGAGCAGGUAGCAGUACUCCGAAACAUCAGGAGCCUCAACCCAGAGCUACUAGUCCUCGCCGAGCUGGACUACGGCGGCCGAAGCGACGGCAGCGUGGCGAGCGAGUUCGCGGCCAGGCUGGAGCAUCUCUGGAUGUUCCUGGACUCGACGGCCGCUGCGUUCAAGGGCCGGGACGCCGACGAGAGGCGGGUGAUGGAAGCGGAGGCCGGGACGGCACUGGCGGCCACGUCGAGGCGUGGAGCGGCCGUGGACGGACGUCGGGGGGCGAGGCGGUGGAGACGGCCAAGGCGCUGCUGA